AUGAAUCACGUGCCGCUCACGCAACCGGAAACGGAAGUACGGAUUUAUCACGGCGCACCUCCAAGAACGCUGGUGACAACUGUUGAGGCUUUUCCAGAGAAUCAAUCGUCUCAUCGACCAGAUUACCGAAUCUACGAAGGGAAAGACCACGAAUACUUCUCUAUUGAUUCGGAAACCGGGAAAAUAACCACGACGAGGACGAUUGAAAGAAAGCCCACGUCGUCGUAUGUGAUCAUAGUCAUUGCGUAUUCCGACGGGAAAACGGAAGUCUUCAAGCUGAAAGUGACGGUGGUUGAGAAGAAUCAGUUUCCACCGAGGUUUUCCAGGGAUGUUUACAUGGUGGAAGUCCUCGCGAAUGCACCAGAAAACACCACGAUAGCAGAGUGCGUUGCAGUGGACCCAGAUCGCCAUGCCGGAGUUGGAGACGUGACUUACACGCUGAUGGCGCCCCCGGGAGACGGCGGCGUUGAGUCCACCGAGUUCCUGCGCAUAGACCCCAAGACCGGGGCGGUUGUGGUGGUCGUGCGUCCGUUGCCGCUGGUCCCGGCGCCACUGCGACUCAGCGUCAUUGCCACUGACGGCGGCGUCCCAGAACUCGCUUCCGUCGCCGAACUCGUCGUCCACGUCAAGACUAUUUCAGAGACUCCACCUAGGGAAACACGGCAGUUCCAAGGAGCCGUGAUCGAAAACCUUGCGGUCGCGUCGCCUUGCGACAGAGGCGGUGGAAUCCGCGCGGCGGCGCCGUUGCGUGUGGCGGACUUUCUUCGUGGACACGCCGGUGCCUGGCACCAACUCCUUCCCGGGAACUGGGACUUUUCGGGUCGGCUUUUCCGGUGUGCGAGGAAGCACGCGAAUAUACGAGGGCUGAUUAAGGGCUGCAACCUUGGCCGAUGGUCGGCAUCAAAUGUUUCCAUUUUCCGUGGGCAAGUUGCAGGAAUGAUGAAAUAUUGCGAGGCGCCCCUAGGCGCCGACCGCAACGCUCGGGUCGGUCUUCCCGAGCGGGUAGAGGUUCGAGCCACGACCAACUCCACGGCGACCGUCUGCUGGGACACUCCGCUCAUCGGACUGGUGACGGGUUUCUUGCUGCAGUACGAAGAAAUGUCAUCCGAUCUCGAGCCAGCGAGAGAGGUGGCCGUGUCCGGCGCCCAAGCCGCCCCGGGGUCGCCGGUUUGCGGCACCCUUAGCCGACUGCGGACCAGGGCGGACUUCCGGGUCCGAGUCGCCGGCCGGAACGACCGCGAUGUCGGCAUUUUCAGCGAACCGGUCGAAUUUCACACUCGACAAGACGAUUGCGAGAAUUCUGAGUGCGUUCAUGGGAAAUGUGUACCAGCGACUGGCGACUCGGGUGGCUACACUUGUGAUUGCGAAGAAGGAUUUUUUGGCACGUUUUGUGAAGAGGAGGACGAGUGCUUCAGUAAUCCCUGCGAGAACUUCGGGGUUUGUAGAGUUCAGGAUAAGCGGCGGACAUGCACUUGCUUGGCGGGAUUCUAUGGACCCAACUGCUCACUGUUCAACCCCUGUUCUAGUCAACCUGGGCCGUGUAAAAAUGGUGCAAACUGCGUCAGUGAGCAUAGUCACGAGUAUGAAUGCAAAUGCCUAGUUGGAUUUUUCGGGAAAAUCUGUGAAAAGGUGGACCCUUGUGCAUCUGGACCGUGUUUCAACGACGGCCGUUGCAUGAACGUGUCAGAAACCGCUUACAUGUGUUCCUGUCCCCCUGGAUUCACUGGUCCUCUUUGCCAAUGGGAAACGGACGAAUGUGCGAGUAGCCCGUGUCAAAACGGCGGCUCCUGCAUUGACCACAGGAACGCAUUCGAAUGCCGCUGUUCCCCGGGUUUCACUGGGAUCCGUUGCGAAAUUGACAUCGACGAAUGCGGAUCGAGUCCAUGUCAGAACGGCGCCACUUGCGUCCAGGGCGUCAACAAAUACGAGUGUCGGUGUCCGCACGGAUACGGAGGCCACUUUUGCGAAAUGCGAGACCGGUGCGACUCGGACGUGUCGGACACAACGUGGGGCUCCCUGAGCUGGCCGAGUACGCCACAGGGCGAGGCUCUGUUCCUGCCGUGUCCCUUCGGGCCAGCCGACGACGACGGCGGGGACGUCGGCGGCGGCGGCGGCAGUGACAACGACGUCGUGCGACGCUGGGGACGCCGGGUCGCGGCGCCAGCUGUCCUGGCACAGGCCCGCCGCACUUGUUUCCUGACGCCGCUGGGUUCCCACUGGGGACCCGUGGUUGGCAGCGAUUGUCGAACCAAGGCUUCGGUGGAAGUGGAACAAGAGGCGCAGGACCUGGUGGAAAAAACACAGCCGAGCCCCGGCAAGGUCCUGACUGCUCGGUUUCUGGAGGAGACUGCUGAGAAGAUUCGAGGCGUGCUGAGCUUCGCGCUGGAAGAUGACAAGGCAAUACAGGUGGCGCAGAAUAUGUUCGCCGCCAUCAGCAACCUAGUGGCGUCCGGCACCUCUGGGAAUUGGACGCAAGCUGUGCUUUCAGUCGUGGACGCCUACGCGUCCAAUGUGUCGCUUGGCGACGGUGGCAUGGUUGCCGUCAGAACGGAAAACGUCAUCGUCGAGGCUCGUCGAAUGCCGUCCCUCGUAAUGCCAGAUUUCAACCAGUCCGUGCAGUUCGUCGUGGAAAGACCGGCUGCCGAGGGCUCAGCCAGGCAAAGAGAGGCGAGUUUCAUAGUGGCAUCGAUAGAAGUGCCUCCAGAGGCGUUGAAACAAGCUCAGGCUGAAUCCAGCGAUCGUCUGAGAAUCCAAUUCGUGGGUUUCGCAAACGGCCUGCUUUUCGGAUCCGCUGCGAAAAACGAAACCGACGCAGAAGCCCGGAAUGCGAGGGUCAUUUCCGCAACGAUCCGAGGACACCCUGUUCAAAAUCUCACCGCACCCGUGAAAAUCAUCAUUCCUACUCCGUAUCCCCGAAGAAGUUCCGCAACGUAUCGCUGCGUGUUUUGGGAUGAGAAAGAUAUGAAGUGGUCAACGGAGGGCGUGAACACGUCAUUCGCGACGGUUGCCAAGGUUGGAUGCGAGUCGACGCACUUGACAUCAUUUUCUCUGUUGUUGGACUUGACUCCGGAGACCGAGUCAUCCUUGAGCCCGGGGCACCAGAUGGCGCUGACUGUCAUUGGUUUCAUCGGCUCCACGUUAUCGCUCAUCAGCUUAAUUAUCACCAUCGUCACGUAUUCCAUCUUCAGGACAUUGCGUCAGGAUUUGGCAGGGAAGAUUCUGCUGAAUCUGUGUGUGUCAUUGCUGGUGAUGAACUUGUCAUUCGUCGUGAGCUCCAUGAGUCAGCACUUCGACAAUGCAUCAGUGUGUUGGAUGACUGCCGUGCUCUUGCAUUACUUCGUCCUGUCGUCUUUGCUGUGGAUGUUUGUGGAGGCUUUGCACAUGCAUCAGCUGCUCAUCACGGUCUUCACUUCCUCAGAAACCCACAUUCUUCUCAAGAGGAUGCUCCUGGCUUGGGGAAUCCCUUUCUUGAUCGUAGGAAUAACUGCUUGUGCUGGGUCAUCGUUCUACAUCAGCGAUCGACAGGACUUCUGCUCAAUUUCUGCGAGGAAUCCUUACGUUUACUAUGUCACCUACGUGGUGCCUGCUUGCUUGAUUGUGUUGAUGAACAUGGCUGUGUUUUGCAUGGUGUGCAGAGUUAUCUGCUCCAGAAGAAUGGUGACUGGGAAAGUGGGCGGUUUGCCCAGCUCUGUUUCCAUGGCCCAGGUUCGAGGAGUUUUGGCAGUGAUGGCAUUGCUGGGUGUGACCUGGAUCUUCGGUGCGAUGAGCUUCGGGCCGGGAAAGCUGGUCUUCCACUACGCGUUCUCCCUGACGAACGCCUUCCAAGGCUUCGUCAUCUUCGUCAUUCGGUGUCUCCAGUACCCCGAGGCGAGACAGUGCUGGCUGCAUUUGUUGGCAACCGGGAAAAUCAAGACUUACAGAGGACCUUCCAAUGCGAAAGGAAGAGCCACUCGGAGUAAUGCGACCCACACAACGACGUCAGUGGUGGACGGUGGAGACUUUCCUUCCGAGUCGUACACUGAUGGUGUGAGGAAGAUCCGAGAUAGAGUCAUGAAUGCGUUUAGAGCCCCAAAACGGGGAAAUGCUGAAGAUGCGGACGAUCCGCCUCAAAAACCAACAAGAACGCACAUUGAUGCCACGAAGAAUUCUUGGAAUGCGAGUCCAACGAUUCAAACCAAUGUUUCAACCAUCGCGAAGCAAGUGGAGAGCAUUUAUGAAACUAUCAAUUCUUGCCCGGAAAGCAAGCCUGAGGACCAUGAUGAAUCCACCAUGGAAACCCGACCAAAAAGAACCUUGCUCUCAGCACGCCCGUCAUUUUCAACCAGCAAACUGAAGGACUACAAGGAAGGAUCCAUCACCUCUUGGCAAUUCCUCAAACCCUCUGCCCAGAAAGAACCCAUCUCCAUCUCGACCCACUACAGAACGGAAGUGGCCCGAGGCAGGACAAAACCGGACAGAAGAUUCCACACGUGUUCGGGUGUCCCAAAAGCCGUCAAACAACAAGCAAGUGAGAGGAAUAACUUGACAGUGAGGUUGGAUGAAACCAAAAAAUCCCGAGGGGUUUUGCUGCUUCAUGGCCAGUUGGUUUGGUCGACGGCCAAGCAAAACGAAAGUGCGCUGGAAGACAAAAUUUCCGAUGCGAGGGCGAAUUCCGCGAAAACCCACGCAACAAUAAUGCGGGUUACCGGGAUGCGGUCGGCGGGUGAAUAUAAAACCCGCGGAUCCCGGACGUCUCGGGCAACACUUUCAAUCAUGACUUCGGGCCGAGCAUUCCUGUGGUUCGCGCUUGUGCUUUUGGGCGCCACUGCCGCCCCAGCCGCCGCCUCCGUGUUCGACGAGCUCCGCGCGGAUCUUGCUCGCAGUGUUGACGUGGACGGCGUCUCUGCAACCUCAGUCAAAUCUAAAUUGGCGGACUUCCGAGAAGCCUACCGAAAAUACCUCGCAUCCCUCUCAGGAGCACCAACAACGAUAGAGUACCGGAAAGUGCUGAUCAUGGUACCGAACGAUGUUGUUACACGCCCACUCAGGCGACAUCUAGACGGAGAAAUUGCAGGCAUAUCUUUCCCAAUCAAGAAGUAUGCCACUGAGGAGCGCGAGUGGUCUGUCUACUCUGCUGCACUCACCAUCAAGGGCGACGCGGAACUUCCUCGUCGCUUACGAUUCUAUCUACCCGGACCCAGGUUCACACUCGUGGGCAAAACCUGGCUUCAUCACGGACGCGCGACAGUCGACAUGACACCCAUUGUUUCCGAAUGGUUCAAUCACCGGUCCUCCAUGCACGUCCUCGUGCAGUGCGCUGCGUGCCUUCCCGGAGAAUUGGUCGCCAAUUCGACCUACGUCGAAGUCGUGUUAAAAAAGCAAGGAAUCAAGACCGUGGCCCCGGCGAGAGCGAAACGGUCGUUGGCGGAGAAGCGGCGACGAGAGGCGCCGUCUUUGCCGCCUUGCGAGUCCGGAGAGCAUACGGAUCAGUGUUGCCGACGGAACAUGACGGUGGAUCUUCGCUGGAUGCCUGGUUUCCACUUCCUUCCGAACCCGUUGCUAUUCAACGCAUACGUUUGCGCUGGCGAAUGCGCUCCGAAAAAUUCGCACCCAAUCCGACAUGCGCUUCACAAGGAAUUACAGUACGAGAAUGCAGAAGAUCCUGAAGAAUCCACUUCUUGUUGUUCUCCGACCAAGUUCGAACCACUUCGAGUUUUCUACCACGACAUCGAAGGUCGUCAGCACACGAAAACUUGGGAUAACGUUGUGGUCGCAGAAUGCGGUGGUUCCUGAAUAGAGAGAUCAAUUUCACUGAAAUUUCUGCGCUGAAAUUGCCGGCGAUGAAACUUUGCUGAAUCGCCUGAGUUUGUUUUUUGUGGCUAUGGCCAAGUGCCAUGGAACUGCUGAAAUAAUCAGCGGAAAUUCUGCCAUCGCAAGGCGAUUUUAUCCUCCGGAGAACUGGCUUGUGGAGCUGGUUCCAAUUGCUUCGGGUGACGAACGAAAAUUAGAUAAUAUUUCGUCGUUGGUUAAUUUUUUCUAGAGGAAAUUGAAGGAGUUUUUUCUGGUCAGUAUUGUUGUCUCGUCCAUUCUGCGUGUGACAGAAUGUAUGAAUUCCAGAAAAGCGUUCGGAGUGGAUCAUUUUCAAGAAAUCUUCGUUCGCUUGAACAAGCUACAUGUUCAAUUUUUGAGCAAGUUUUAGAAGCAUUUAUUGGGCAUAUCGAGAACUCACGGUCGUCAUUGCAAUAGUGGUCUAAAUUAUUGUGGUCUGUUUUGUUGAAUACUGUAAUAAGGCUUCAAGUGGCAUUCGAUGUUGCGUUGUUGGCUUUCACUUGACCAAUCAGUUAUGUUUUCUCGGGAAUGUUGAUGUGCAAAUACAAAUGCAGCGAAAGAACGGCAGAAAAA